AUGAAAGAUCCAUACGAAAAAGGAGUAUCGUAUGAAGACAGCAAGAAAACAGAUGCACCUGAAGCUGGAAGUCAGCCCCAAGGUGGAAUACUAUGGAGACUUGGUUCUGGUUUAUAUAACACAACGACGGGAGCAGUCGGUGCUGGAUUGAAUCUGGGGUGUGGUGCUGUUAAAUAUGUUGCACAAACUUCAUAUGGAGUAGUAUCAAAAACUGCUGAAGUUGGUGUGAAUGCAACAAAAGCAGUUGCAUCUGGAGGGUAUAAUGGCGUGUCUGCUGUAACUAGCAAACUUCCAGUACCUUCAUUUAGCAAACAGAAGGAUAAAAAAGAAUAA